CAGUCGCGCGGUUCGCCCGGUCGCGCUCAUAUAGCAGGCGCAACGGCGAGGCGAGUCUGCCGCGGCCGAGCGGCUCUCUCUCUCUCUCCGCUGGCUUCGCGUCGCGACAUGAACGGCCAGAGGAGCGUCGGCGCAUCUACCAGGACAACUGCGACGAGGAAAAAUCGAGCAUCGACUCUCGAGCGGCGGCACAGUAGCGAGUAGCGGGAUCAGCAGCGGCAGCGCGGCGGCGACCCACCUCGAAAGCAGGAGCGCUCCUCGGCAGCACCGCUGAGCGGCAAGCAGCGCAGCGCAGCGAGCGAUCGGUCGGCGGCUGCGAGCUCGGCCGGACGUCCGGCCGAGCGCGCCGCGCGAGAGAGCGACAUGAGUAGCCCUGGCUGCGGCAGAGGCAGCGGGAGAAGAGGAGCUGCCAGCGUCGGGCUCGCGCUGGCCCUGGCUGCGGCUCCGCUGAUCGCCUGCUGGAGGCCUCGCUGAUGGCCGCGAGAGGAUGGAGCGACUGGAGCCAAGUGCCGGGCCUAGCCUACCGGCGUCCUCGCGACGUGCAACCAAAGUUCCUAUUUUUCACCAGACCUAGAGUUUAAGCGAGUGCGGCGGCGGCGGCGGCGGCGGCGGGGGCUGCUGCGCCGCGCUAGCGGGACACCUCGUGGCCGGCUCGCUCUCCCGCGCUCCAAUUAGCCGGCCAGUUAGAGGCGGGCCUGCCUAAUCAGCUGCGAGCCCUCGAAAGUUCCUAUAAUUUACACUGACGACGAGCGAACGCUCUCUAAUCGCUCCCCCCAUCCCCCCUCUCUCUAUAACAGUCUCUCUGAUCCGACGUUGGAUUUGUCGCGACUUGGGCCCGAAGCGUACACAGAAUAAAUACAAGUAUGCACACACGCACACGCACGCACGCACGCACGCACACGGGCUGAGAGAGACCGAUAACAUAUUAGAGAGAGAGAGAGAGAGAGAGAGAGAGAGAGAGAGAGAGAGAGAGAGAGAGAGAGAGACAAGCGAAUUAAACUGCAGUCGCAAAGUGGAGAGUGCGCAACAAUCAUCCAAAGUGAUAACACGUAGUACUAGUGCGGAUUAAUAAUAGUGAGUAAGAGCAGCGCGACGCGACGAGCGGGAGGUUACAUGAGCCACUGUGUCUUAGGGUCGAGCAACGUCCGGCAAUAAGGCGAUGAGCGCACGAAUAACAAGUUCGAAUAAUAAUAAAGUGUACGACAGUUCCUGAUUCCGGGGCCCCGGCCCCAAAGUUCGUCCAAGUGCUUCUAUUAAUCUAUAGUCGAUAGUACCCAGUACGAGUUGCAUAAUUGUAUAAGCAUAAUUGUAAGGAGGGAUAGGAGUAGGAUGUCGAGCGUGAGCGUCGUGUCGAAUUCUUCGGUGGAGGUGGAGAGCAGCGGCGACUCGUCGAACGAGGAGCAGCCGCAGCAGCAGCUGGAGCAGGCCUCGAAGGAAGAGCGCAAGUUCGUCCUGCCGAACGAGCUUUACAAGAGCCUGCUGGCGAGCGCGGUCCUCGGCAAGACCGUCCUCAACCGCAACCUCAGCUUCAAGGGCAACCUCAGCGCCAUCGACUCGGCCCUGAAGGAGCUCAAGGACAUCAAGGGCCUGAGCGUCAGUAGCGUGCCGGCCUUCCCGCGCAACCUGGCCCAGCUGCGGCUGACCGAGGAGCAGGACGAGAAGGCGUCUUUCGCAUGGUCCGAGGGCGGCGAGGAGGGCGGAGGGGGCGGCGGCGGCGGUCCCGGUGCUGGUGGCGGCGGCAGCGGUGCCAGCGGCGGGCCGAGCAGCGGGACGAGCAGCGGUGCCGCGGCGGCUGCUGCUGCUGCGGCGGCCGCGGCGGCCGGCACCGGGACCGGCGGACUGGCCCACUGGGUCAGCGUGAUGGCCGAGCACAUCCACAACCCGCACUCGGCGAGCGCCGUCUCCGGCGUUCACCACCAGCAGCAGUCCUCCCCGCAAGCUCCCUACCCCUGGAACAACGGACUCUCCGCGGGCGACCAAUGCAACCCGCAUGACAAAGAAAGCGAUUACUGGGGUGGCGCGAGGGGAGCCAAGCAGGGAUACGAGCACUUUCUGUUACAGGCCAAAAUGAACGCGGAGCACGGCCAGAUGCAGAAAGGCGACGAUCAAUAUCGAGGAGCUGGUGGAAGCAGCAGCGGAAGUCCUCCCGCGAGUCUUCUGGUGGUGCCCCAGCCCCUGACUGUGAAACCGUCUCACCCCUCGCACCUGAACCCUCAUCUCGGCGGGCCCCACGCUCAUCCGCCGAGGAAGUACCAAUGCAAAAUGUGCCCACAGAUCUUCGGCAGCAAGGCGGACCUGCAGCUGCACACGCAGAUCCACAUGCGCGAGGCGAAGCCGUACAAGUGCACGCAGUGCUCGAAGGCGUUCGCCAACUCGUCCUACCUGUCGCAGCACACGCGCAUCCACCUCGGCAUCAAACCCUACCGCUGCGAGAUCUGCCAGCGGAAGUUCACGCAGCUGAGCCACCUGCAGCAGCACAUCCGCACGCACACGGGCGACAAGCCGUACAAGUGCCGGCACCCGGGCUGCACCAAGGCCUUCAGCCAGCUGAGCAACCUGCAGAGCCACUCGCGCUGCCACCAGACCGACAAGCCCUACAAGUGCAACUCCUGCUACAAGUGCUUCAGCGACGAGCCCAGCCUCCUCGAGCACAUACCCAAGCACAAGGAGUCCAAGCACCUCAAGACCCACAUCUGCCAGUACUGCGGCAAGAGCUACACCCAGGAGACCUACCUGGCCAAGCACAUGCAGAAGCACGCUGAGCGCACGGACAAGCGCCCGCCCAUCAUCGGCUCGGGGCUCAGGCCCUCGCUCCACUCGAUGGCGGCUGCCGCGGCAGCCGCCGCGGCGGCCCACCACCAGGACCACUACUGGCCCAAGGUCAGCCCGGACUCGGUCAUCAGCGAGCUCCACGACCGGCUCCAGCCGCCCCCGCCGCCGCCCCACCACCAGCACCACCAGCAGCAACACCACCACCAACACCACCAGCAGCAGCAGCAGCAGCAGUCCUCGCCCGCGGACUACGGCCACCAGCAGCAGCAGCAGCCGAACUCGGGCGAGAUGCUGCUGCCGCCGCCGCCGCACUCGGACAACGGCGCGGACUCGCGGCAGCAGACGCCCCAGCCCCAGCAGCAGCAGCACCCCAACAGCAGCUCGGCCUUCACGCCCAUCUCCUCGAUCUCCAUCAACUCGCUCAGCUCGAUGCAGCACCCGCUCAACCCGCUGAACCACCUGCACUACCCGACGAGCCACCACCCGGCCUCGAGGCCCUACCUCUACGAGGCCUUCAACUCGCAGAAGGCCUCGCCGACCUCGUCCGCGGCCUCGGGCGUAGGCGGGCCCGGCGGGCCCGGCUCCCAGAACUCCUCCUUCCCCAACCAGCUCAUCAGUCUCCACCAGAUCCGCAACUACGCCCACCAGCCGAACCUCGGCAACCUCGGCAACCUCGGCAACCUGAGCAACCUCAGCAACCUGAGCAACCUCAGCGCCAGCAUGGAGAGCCACGCGCUCCUUGGCGGUCUCAAGGACAAGCAGUAACUCCCGAUCCCAGACCCACCCACCCCCCUUUAACUCUAUGGCAAUACCGAAAUGUGAUCAAGGGCCGCCGAUCUAUCUCGAGCUCUCGCGCUCCCCCCUCCCCCCGCACGAUGACGCGCUGCUGCUGCUGCUGCUCACGACGACGACCAAGGAAAACUACGAAGCACACACCGGCCCUUUGUAGCUCUAGGAUACUAAGUAUACAUUGUUUGUAAAAAAUUAUUUAACAAUGAUCCAUUGUUUUUAUUAUUGUUAAUCCUAAGAUAUAACGUUAAGUUGCUCUGAAUAUGCAUUGUUUAUAUUAAUAUUAUUAUUAUUAUCAUUAUUAUUAUAUUAUUAUAAUAUAAAAUUGAUUGAUGACGACAACCGUCACACGAUUCACGCGCGUCGAGUUCAUAAUAAUAAUCGUCAACGUUAUUAUUAUAGCCGGCGUACUUAUUAUUUUUAUCAUUAUUAUUAUCACUAUGCUACUAUUACUAUUACUAGGCUCUCGCACGAAUACGCGCAUUGUUUAUACGAAUGUAUUAGUUAUUUAUCGAUAAUCAAUUGUUUUCAACAUACUUUUUGGAUUUAUUGUAUAAUUCACCGAUCGCGGCACGCCUCCUUCGUAAUGCAACUGUAUAUAAAAAUAUUAUAACAAAAAAAAAAUCGUUUUUAAUGAAAAUAAUUGAUUAUUGAAAGUGUUAACUUAUUUUUUUCGUCGUCCAGAAUUCGAUCACUAUGAAACUUGGAACUCGUAUUUCGAUCGUGAGCUAAACGAUUCGCUCUCGUUGAUAUAAAAAUCGUUAUGAUAAUAGCAAUGGGACUGUCAUUAUAUUAUUUAUUUUUAAAAGAUAUGCUUAUGUAGUUAAUCAUCGUCGGAAAGGAUGAAAGAGCAAAAAAUUUGUUUUCUUUUUAUCUUUUUGGGGUUUAAUAGGUGCAUUAUACGCGUAUAUGCGAUUAGAAAGAUAUAUCGCUGCUAGAGCGAAUGUUACAGUUUUUCGAGGGAGGUUCAUCUCGUAUACAACUUGUGUAUAAUCCAAAAAAAAAACGAAAAAAAUAUACGUCAAUUGCAACAAUUGCCAAACUCCGAGUUUGCCAAGCGAAAGUAUAAUAGUUACAUGUCCAUAAUAAGGAUCUUCGAAUAGGGCACACAACUAUGCUCGAAUCAGUUUUUUACUUUUAUUUUUUAAGCUCUUUUAUUAGGACGCUCUGUCAAUAAACACGUUAGACUGUUCCCUGUGAAUAGUAGGUAUCUCAUUUAAUUUACCUAGUGCAAGCAAAUUUUACAGGUAUACAUUUUUUCCUUUUCUCUUUUUAAGCAAUCGACAAAUACGUGACUUGUAAUUUUUAUUUUGUAAAUGAUGUUAUAGAAAUACGAAAAAGCCAAGGGAAAGUCCGAGAAGACUAUUUAUGUCGUUGAGAAUCGAAAACCUUGUAAAAAUGUUUAACGAACGAAAUUAUAGAAUAAUCUUGAUCAACGAAAUGAAAAAUGUACAGAAAAUAACAAUUAAAGUUGAUUCCUCACUUGAAACAA